AUGAGUGAAUUACUUUCUGAGUAAAAGCUUAGAGUAAAACUUGAAGGUAACGACCAUUAAUCACUAGUAGAUCUUUCAAAAAAGAUAGAUACAAAUAUAAUCUUUGAUGAAACAUUUGACCAAUGUUAAGAUAAAUGCAAAUAGAUUGCAGAUGACACAUCUUUUAGAGUGGCGAUAGAUCCAUUUAAUCAAUCCCAAGAUGCUUCUUCAUUUGCAGGUUUAUAAAAUGAAUUCGAGAGUGUAAAAAGAAGUAAAACCAGUAAACUCAAUAAAAAAGCAAUUACUAAAGAGACAACUCAUCAAUUAGAUUAAGAUGUGGAUAAUAGCUAAAACAUCAAAAACACUGCUUAAUCAUAAUCGUCCAAACAAAACAGGAGAAUAGUUGUCUCAGGAAAAAGAUUAUCUGCAAAAUCAAAAAUUUAGUUUACAAAAACUUAGCAAAAUACACAAAAUUAUUCAUUCGUUUCAGUAAGAGGAUCAACUAAAUACAAAUUUAGUGGACUUAACACAAUAGAUAAGAUAAUUCGUAUAAUAACAGUAAUAAAACCACAGCUUUUAAAAUAUUUUGAAAACUAUACUAUGUCUGGAAGAUAUCGAUUUUUUAAUGCAAAUUGCAGACUUUUAUUAAAUGAUAAGGUUGAUUUUACUGAGUAAAAUAACGAAAAAAAGGUCAAGUGUAUAAAAAAAGCAGAAUUUGAAGAUUUAAUGCACAUUUUUAAUUAUAUUGCGAUUGGGGCAUGGGUGAGCGAAAUGCUUAUUUAAAUGAAUACAUCUACUUAUUAUGAAGGAGAAUUUAUUACAGAUAGAAAAAUAAUUUUCAAGAUUUAUAUUAAAGAUUAUUUUUUUUUUGAAAUUCUUCCACUCAUUUUUGAAGGAAAAACUUCAUAAAAUUAAGCUUUAAAUAUUAUUUACAAGCUACCCUUAUUACUUAAGCUAAAAGGAAUGUCUAUUAUUUUAUUACUAACUCAUUUAAUGGCUUGUUCUUAUGUUGCUCUAGCUUAAUUUGAAACUAAUAUAUUAGGGAUUUAAACAACUUGGCUUAAUAAAAGUUAAAUUAUGGUAGAAGAGUAUAAAUGGUGGUCUGCUUACAUAGAAGCAUAGUUUUGGGCUUUCCACACUAUGGGAAAUUCAUAUUCUAUAUCAGUUUACACUUAAUAAGAAUAUGCUUUCACCUCUUUUUGGAUGCUUAUAUCAUGUGUGCUAUAUGCUUAUCUUGUGAAUGCUUUAGGAACAAUACUCUCAAACAUUAAUUCUAAUUCAGAAAACUAUAAAAAAGACCUUAACAUCUUAAAUAGAUAUAUGCAGAGAAAAAAAAUAGAUUUAGAGCUGUAAAGGAUAAUGAAUAUCCACUUGUAAAACCAAUACGAAUAAUAAUCUUAAGUGUAGUUUGAGCUAGAAAAAGAAACAUUAAAUAAAUUAAGUCAUCACAUGAGAAACAAACUUUUUACUGAAUCAAAUAAAAAUAUAAUCUAAUAAUUUCAUUUUUUAAAAUAAUUCUCGUAGUAAACUUUAACAUCAGUUUAUUAAAUUAUGUAAGAAGAGAGUUAUACUGAAGGUUUAAUAAUACCCACUUUUGAUGAUACUACUUUAGAUAGUUAUGUUUACUUAAUUGUUAAAGGGAGUGUUGAUAUUAUCUAGCUUUUUUAAUACAACGAAGAAGAAAGCGAUUUCAUAUAAGAGUACUAAACUGAUGAAAAAAAGAAAUCUCAUGAUUAUUAAGAAAAAGGAUAAAAGGUAAUAAAAAGAUUAACAGCAGGAUAAUCAUUUGGAGAAUAUGAUUUUUUUGUUAAUACUUAACUUCCUUAUAAAGUCUAAAGCAGUAAACAAACUAUAGUCAUAAAGAUAUCUUAGAGACAGUUUAUUGAAAUUAUUAAUAAUAACAAAUAAGACUACCAAAAAUUUAUGGAAAUAAGGCAUAAGGUUCGAUUAAACAAUGAAAUGAAUUAAAUUUAUAAUUGUUGCAUAAUAUGCAAUGCUCGAAAUCACAAUUUUAUUGAUUGCUAUUAAACUCAUUUUCCAAAACAUCCUCAAUUUAUUAUUUUUAAGCAUUCUUAUUUUCCUUUGUAGUAAAGAGAUUAAAACCAUUAAAGAAAGUAGGGAAAGCACUCAAGAUGUUUAAUGAUAAACUAAAAUUAAAACAAAUAGUCUAUUCCUUAUUUAGAUGAUGAUUAAGAAAGUUUUCAUGAAUAUUAUAAAGAUGAUGAGUCUUCUAAAUAAAAGCAAUUUAAAUCUUAAGCUCCUAGCAUUAAUUUAAAUAAAAAAGAUAGCUAUGGAAUUUCUGCACUAAAUGUAUAAGAACAAUUAAAUAGCGAACAAUCUUAAAAAGAAUUAGAGCCAUAAAAAUUAAAUGUGAAUGAAACUAGUAAUGUCAAAAAUAAUUCUAUAGGGAAUAACUUAACUUAAUUAGCUCCUAUUAUUGUAAAUAACAAUAGCAAUAGUAAUAUCUAAAGCAGCAAUAUUAACACUCAUAAUAAAAGAUCAAGUGCCAGAACUUCUAUAGUUAUAAGAAGACUUUCAAAUAACGUUAAUAUAGAAAUAAAAGAUCAGAAUGAUAAUUAAGUUAUUUAGUAUGAUGAUAGAGAAAAAUAAUAUAAAUAAAAUAGUUUUAACAAUAUAGAUUAGAAUUACUAAGGUGUAUAUCAUGCCUUUAAUAAACAGCUUUCAUCAAAAGUGAUUACUCCUUAAACUUUUAGUACUCAUAGGCAAAGUGCUACCAAUAAUUUUCCUUAGAAUUUUGAUAAUAAAAGUUUAGGUAAUGAUCAUGACAAUUUGCAUUUCUAAUAAGAAUUACAUUAUAAAACUAAUGAAUUAAAUGCAAUUAAUAAUAAAAAUAACAAUUUAUAAGUUUUCUAAAAGAAUUCAUUUUAGCAAUAAGUUUCAUUCUAAAAUGGUAGUUAAAGAUUUUUUUUUGAUAAUGCAUUUUACAAAGCUCAAUGGGACACUACAAUACUUUAUUGGAUGUUUGAUUAAAAAUGUGAAUUCCUCUACUUCUUUCCUAGAAGUAAUAGUAAGCAUGUCCUGAAAAGCUUCGAGAAAAGAUAAAAUCUAAUUAAAGAAAAGAAAAAGAAAAAACUAAAAAAAGCUGGAACUUCAUAUUAUAAUAUAAAAUGA